AUGACUGUAGUAUUUUCGGUCGUAUACAGUGCUGCCAAUAUACUACAAUCGUUCAUUACAAACCCCUCGAUGUACAGCCGUCUUGUGUCUUAUGCAAUGAUGAUGCUACCCAACGGUUGCUCACCGAUGGAAGAUCCGGUAAUGAUGUAUAUGCGGUCGGAAGUCUUAAGGCAACGAAAGAAGCCUAAAGAAAGCAGAAGGCAGUUGGCACAGUUACAGCAAGAGAUGAAUAUAUAUACAUGGACACCUGGUUAUCCGGUUUGA